GCAUCGCAUCUUGGUUGAUCAUAACUAAUGUUCAAACUAAUCAAAAAAUUUCACAAGCACCAAAACGAUGAGAACUAGAGAUAGAAUAGAGAGAAUGUGCAUAAAAUCUCGUUUCCCGCAAUGUGCUGACGACGUAGAAGUACACCGACUUCUAAUUGGUUAUGAUACCGUUUUACGGACCUAUUCGAGUAGAAAGUUCGACUCGUUCGACUUUACGAACGUACCCUUUCUAAACGAAAGGAACAGGCUGUGAAAUUUUAUUUCAAUUGAUUUUCAUUGCAGGUUAGGUUCGUUUAGCAUAGAGAAGACAGUUGGAGAUUGAUAUCACUUCGAAAGCAUUAUCUACGAUUAGUUAAUAAAAAUGUGCCCUAUCUAUUAUUCCCGCCCAUCUUUAUUUAUUGACGAGUUAAGUUGCGAUACAUCGUCUAUAUUCAACAAACAAUCCAUCGGUAUUUUAACACGUGUGAGAAAACGAACAACAUAUGUUUUCGGGUGUAAAGAUUUUAAUACUGCGUCGCGGUUCCGGCAAUUGCGGUAAUGUAACAACUGCGGAUCGUUUAAGGAAUUAUUUAUUGGAAGUUGGAAUUAAAUGCGAAUGCGUGGAUACUAGAUGUUUUAAUCCUAAAGAAUGUCAAAAUUUUGAUGCUGUUAUUGCUAUUCAUGCUUAUCAUUGUGCUCCUAUUUUGAAAGAAUGUUUGGUGCCAUACUUAAUUAUUUUUGGAGGAACAGAUUUAAACGAAUAUAGUCGAGAUCAGAAAUGCUUUGGUAUAAUGACCAAUGUUAUCUGUAAAGCAAAUAAUUUAAUUACGUUUGGAUCAUCAAUGACUCAAAAAGUAUUUCAUCUUUGGCCUAAUAUAUGCAAAGAAAGGAUAAAUGAAAUUCCACAAGCUGUAUAUACAAAUCCAAGUAGAUUUAAUUUGAAGAAUUAUCUUGAUAAAAAUUAUAACAUAUUGGUAGAUAAAAUAUUUUUACUUGUGCUUGGAGUUCGUCGUGUCAAAGAUCCACUCUUUCUAGUGAAAGACUUUUCAGAAUGGCAUGAUAAACAUAGAGAUUGUUGGAUGAUAAUUAUUGGUUCAAAGAUGGAAGAUGAUUAUUUUCAAGAAGUAUCAGAAAAUAUUAGCAGAGCAAGAGGCAUUUUGCUGUUACCACAAUUACCACAACAUGAUGUGCAUGCAACAAUGAGAGAUAGUUUUGCUGUUAUCAAUUGCUCCCAAAGUGAAGGAAUGUGCUCAUCUAUUUUGGAGGCAAUGGAUCUUUAUGUUCCAGUUAUUGCUAGAGAUAUUCCAGGAAAUAGAGAUUUAAUUGAAGAUCGAGUUACCGGUUUAUUAUAUAAAACACCAAAGGAAUUUUUAAAUGCUGCAGAAGAGUUGAUGAAUGAUCAUUCUCUAAAAAAUAUUCUGAUUGAAAAUGCCAAACAACAGAUCAAUAGAAAGCAUCUUUGUUCAACAGAAUCAAAAUUAUAUCUUGAAUUAAUUCAUUCUAUGCUAUCAGAAACCAGCUGAAAUGUGAAGUUUUUAAAUUACAAACCAAAUACCAAAAUUCUAACAUUA